AUGGACCCACAAGCAGGAAUAUCUCAGAAGUACAUCUAAUGUUAUCCCUGGAUUGUGACAUAACAGAUAAUGACAGUAGACAGGAUUCUCCAGGAGAUAAUCCCAUUACCCCAAUUAUACAUCUAGCUCUAUCAACUAAUCCCCCUGAUCCUGGGAAAUGUUCUCCUGAUCACUCUGAUAUUGGUGCAUCUAUUACAGCUCUGAGAUUAGAUACAGAGUUUCCCUGUUCUACAGACGCCAAAUGUUUUACACAGAACACAAACCGUAUUACUCAUCAGCCAGCUAAGGCAGGUGAGAGGCCAUUUCCAUGUUCUGAGUGUGGGAAAUGUUUUACAUAUAAAUCAAAUCUUGUUACACAUCAGAGAAGUCACACAGGUGAGAAGCCGUAUUCCUGUUCUGAGUGUGGGAAAUGUUUUACACAGAAAUCAGAUCUUGUUACACAUCAGAGAAGUCACACUGGUGAGAAGCCAUUUCCAUGUUCUGAGUGUGGGAAAUGUUUUACAUAUAAAUCAAAUCUUGUUACACAUCAGAGAAGUCACACAGGUGAGAAGCCGUAUUCCUGUUCUGAGUGUGGGAAAUGUUUUACACAGAAAUCAGAUCUUGUUACACAUCAGAGAAGUCACACUGGUGAGAAGCCAUUUCCAUGUUCUGAGUGUGGGAAUUUUUUUACAUAUAAAUCAAAUCUUGUUACACAUCAGAGAAGUCACACAGGUGAGAAGCCGUAUUCCUGUUCUGAGUGUGGGAAAUGUUUUGUAGAGAAAUCAGGUCUUGUUAUACAUCAGAGAAGUCACACAGGUGAGAAGCCGUAUUCCUGUUCUCAGUGUGGGAAAUGUUUUGCACAGAAAUCGAGUCUUUUUAAACAUCAGAGAAGUCACACAGGUGAGAAGCCGUAUUCCUGUUCUGAGUGUGGGAAAUGUUUUGCAUCGAAAUCAAGUCUUGUUACACAUCAGAGAAGUCACACAGGUGAGAAGCCAUUUUCCUGUUCUGAGUGUGGGAAAUGUUUCACACAGAACUCAGCCCUUGUUACACAUAAGAGAAGUCACACAGGUGAGAAGCCGUAUUCCUGUUCUGAGUGUGGGAAAUGUUUUGCAUCUACAUCAGAUCUUGUUAAACAUCAGAGAAGUCACACAGGUGAGAAGCCGUAUUCCUGUUCUGAGUGUGGGAAAUGUUUUGCAUCUAAAUCAAAUCUUGUUAAACAUCAGAGAAGUCACAUAGGUGAGAAGCCAUUUUCAUGCUGUGAGAGAAAUAAAUGCACUAAGGAAAUGAACCUGGUGAAGGAUAAAAUCACGGCUCAUGAAACCAUCCAUAAGGCAGCGUUAACCAAUGACACCACAGUCAAUUGGUAUGAAAAAUUAACAACUCAGAUGCUGAUAUUCAAACGAGAUCUGAUCAAAUUUAAAAAAGAAAAAAGGAUGAAGGUUGAUGCCGACUAUGACCAGAAUACGGUGAAUAAUCAUAUUACGAACCCCACUCCCAUACGACAUAAUCUACAAAGGGAUGAAUACCAGGCUCUUAUGGGAUUAUCGAAAAACGAGAAUUUGACCUUCAGGCCGGCAGACAAAGGCGGCGCACUUGUCAUACAGGACACUGACAAAUAUAUCCUGGAGAUUAAUAGGCAACUUAUGGAUAAGGACACCUACAGAAUAUUGGACAGAGAUCCGACUAGUAUAUUUAAGAGUGAAUUAAAGAAUUUACUAGCAAGAGCAGUUGAUAAUAAAAUUAUUGCAUCUAAGCUUAGUGGUGCCUUGAUACCUGAACACCCUAAAGUACCAAUCAUGUACACUACCCCAAAGAUCCACAAAUCUAUGGACCAAACAACAUCUCGCCAGCAUAAGGCAAUGCAUCUAUUUCUCAUUUGGACUCUGCCUCCGCCUGCCAAGAAUGCAGCCAAAGUGCACGUUGUACUGCAACUUGUGAAGCUGAAAGCCACAUCUUUUAUCACCAAAGUUCCACAGUUCAUUAUCUACAGUCUCAUCUUUCAAACCACAACCCGCAGUUCUUUGUCUACAACUAAGUUUUUAAGUCAUCGCCCACAAGCCACAGUUCCCUACUUCAGCCUCAUUCUCAAGAACUACAACUCACUGAGUCUUAGCCCCGCCUACGUUCCUCAUUUCCCCUUGUCCCAUGAGAAGGAACUACAUCCAACCCCCUCUUAUUCGUCUUAUUCAUCUGCAGACAACCACUUCCUUGGGCAAGUCUCAGCCGCCGGAUUCUCAAACCUUGCUAAACGUGACAAACUAUUCGACUGUGUUAAAGGAGCUGUUUACUCCAAAUUGGACUUACGGGGGGCCUACAAUCUUAUACGUAGUCGCUCAGCUCCCAUUACCGCAUUAACCAGGAAAGGUGCAGAACCUGCCAAGUGGUCUCCGGAGGCUUUAGAAAACUUUUUGUCUUUAAAGGAAGCCUUCAUGAACGCCCCUGUCGUUCGACAACCCGAUCUCAGCCGUCCAUUCCUGGUGGAGGUUGAUGCCUCCACUGUAGGAGUAGGAGCAGUAUUGUCCCAGCUCUUCGAGGACAAGAAGGUCCAUCCCUGUGCAUUCUUCUCACGAAGAUUUUCUCCCGCUGAACAGAACUACGCUAUUGGGAAACAAGAAUUACUAGCAAUUAAGUUAGCCUUUGAGGAGUGGAGAGCUACUCUACCUAAAUCUCCCAAGAACCCAUCAGCACAAGGAGACGAAUUUGAGAUUGACAAGAUCCUCGACUCCUGCAGACGAUAUGGUCGCAUCCAGUACCUUGUUGAUUGGAAAGGAUAUGGACCAGAGGAAAGGUCUUGGGGUGAAGCCCAAUUAAAUAAUAUUAAAGUCAAAGAUACAGAGGGAGAAGAAGAGACGUAUGUGACUGAUAUGAAGGCAGAAGAUAUAGAGGGAGAAGAAGAGACGUAUGUAACUGAUAUGAAGGCAGAAGAUAUAGAGGGAGAAGAAGAGACGUAUGUGACUGAUAUAAAGGCAGAAGAUAUAGAGGGAGAAGAAGAGACGUAUGUAACUGAUAUGAAGGCAGAAGAUAUAGAGGGAGAAGUAGAGACGUAUGUGACUGAUAUGAAGGCAGAAGAUAUAGAGGGAGAAGAAGAGACGUAUGUAACUGAUAUGAAGGCAGAAGAUAUAGAGGGAGAAGAAGAGACGUAUGUGACUGAUAUAAAGGCAGAAGAUAUAGAGGGAGAAGAAGAGACGUAUGUGAGGGGUGAUCAGCAGUGUAAGGAGGAGGAAAUCCCUACAGAUACCAGCACAGCAGAUGGACACACAAGCAGGAAUAUCUCAGAAGGACAUCUAAUGUUAUCCCCGGAUUGUGACAUAAAAGAUAAUGACAGUAGACAGGAUUCUCCAGGAGCUAAUCCCAUUACCCCAAUUAUACAUCUAGCUCUAUCAGCUGAUCCCUCUGAUCCUGGGAAAUGUUCUCCUGAUCACUCUGAUAUUGGUGCAUCUGUUACAGCUCUGACAGUAGAUACAGUGUUUCCCUGUUCUAUAGAUACCAAAUGUUUUACACAGAACACAAAGCCUAUUAACCCACACACAGGUAAGGUAGGUGAAAGGCCACUGAUAUGUUCUGAGUGUGGGAAAUGUUUUACACUGAAAUCAUAUCUUGUUACACAUCAGCGAAGUCACACAGGUGAGAAGCCAUUUCCAUGUUCUGAGUGUGGGAAAUGUUUUACACUGAAAUCACAUCUUGUACAUAACAGAAGACACACAGGUGAGAAACUAUUUUCUUGCUCUGAGUGUGGGAAAUGUUUUACACUGAAAUCACAUCUUGUUGUACAUAACAGAAGUCACACAGGUGAGAAACCAUUUUAUUGCUCUGAGUGUGGGAAAUGUUUUACACAGAACUCACAACUUGUUACACAUCAGCGAAGUCACACAGGUGAGAGGUCAUUUCCAUGUUCUGAGUGUGAGAAAUGUUUUACACAGAAAUCACAACUUGUUACACAUCAGCGAAGUCACACAGGUGAGAGGCCAUUUCCAUGUUCUGAGUGUGGGAAAUGUUUUACACGGAAAUCAAAUCUGGUUAAACAUCAGCAAAGUCACACAGGUGAGAAGCCAUUUCCAUGUUCUGAGUGUGGGAAAUGUUUUACACUGAAAUUAAAUCUUGUUACACAUCAGAAAAGUCACACAGGUGAGAGGCCAUUUCCAUGUUCUGAGUGUGGGAAAUGUUUUACAUGGAAAUCACAACUUGUUCCACAUCAGCGAAGUCACACAGGUGAGAAGCCAUUUUCUUGCUCUGAGUGUGGGAAAUGUUUUACACACAAAUCACAUCUUGUUAUACAUCAGCGAAGUCACACAGGUGAGAGGCCAUUUCCAUGUUCUGAGUGUGGGAAAUGUUUUGCAAACAAAUCAGCUCUUGUUAUACACCAGAGAAGUCACACAGGUGAGAAGUGGUUUUCUUGCUCUGAGUGCAGGAAAUGUUUUACACAGAAAUCAGAUCUUCUUAGACAUCAGCAAAGUCACACAGGUGAGAGGCCAUUUCCAUGUUCUGAGUGUGGAAAAUGUUUUUCACACAAAUCAGAUCUUGUUAAACAUAACAGAAGUCACACAGGUGAGAAGCCAUUUACAUGUUCUGAGUGUGGGAAAUGUUUUACACGGAAAUCACAACUUGUUACACAUCAGUGAAGUCAUACAGGUGAGAGGCCAUUUCCAUGUUCUGAGUGUGGGAAAUGUUUUACACGGAAAUCACAACUUGUUACACAUCAGCGAAGUCACACAGGUGAGAGGCCAUUUCCAUGUUUUGAGUGUGGGAAAUGUUAUACGCAAAAAUCAAAUCUUGUUAGACAUCAGCAAAGUCACACAGGUGAGAGGUCAUUUUCAUACUCUGAGAAAUAAAUCAGCUCUUGUUGCACACAGUAGACAUCACUCAGAUGAGGAACCAUUUUAAUCUUCUGAAGUAUACUCAUUGCCAUGCGUUGUUCUUCAAGUUUCUUAUCCUUUCUCCUAUGUUUUUGCAAUAUACAUGUUACCGCAGGGUGAAAUAAUCAGAUGUCGUGUCCUCAUCUACCACUGCUAUGUAGAUGACCUGUCUUUUGUUCCGGGUACUGAGAACCCAGUACCAAUCCUAAAUGGUUGUCUAGCUGAGCUCCAGGUGUGGGUGAUGCUAGUUGGCUGUGACUCAGUCCUGGUGAAACAGGCCAUUAUGGUAGAAGCUCACCAACAAAGGGCAGGGCUACAGCUCAGCUUUGCAAACCAACCGGGCUUGGGGGUUCAGAGUUACAGAAUGCUGAUCAUUUGCGGAAUCUUGGUGUCCUGGAUGGUGGAGUGACACUUAGACAUCAGUAUCUGCCACAAUUAGAUCCUCAUCUGAGGAACAUAGCCAGACUCCAGCACGUAAUUCUCUCAGAAGAUCUACCUACACUCAUACAUGUACUUGUAUCAUCACGCAUAGACUACUGCAAUGUCCGCUACCUGGGUCUCCCAGCAAAAGAAUUGCACCGCUUGUAGCUUGUACAGAAUGCAGCAGCCAGGCUGUUACCUAACCAGCCCGUUCCUGCCACAUAACACCCAUUCUCUGCUCCCUUCACCGGCUGCCUGUAAUAUGGUGACUAUUACAUAAUCUUACUGACUCAGCCCACCAUGACCAGGGUCCAUGGUACCAGAAGCAGCUUCUGCCUCCUUACUGCCCUGCUUUCUAACUUCCACCUGCAGAUGAAGGACUGUUACCAGCAGUACUAAGAAUCCUCAAGCAGUGCUGAGAUGUCAGAGGGGGAGACAGGGUGGUGGCACUAGUGCUCUAGUGGGGGCUGCCGGAGGCAGUGUCUGUGAGAAUCUUGUCCUCAAGCAGCACUGAGUUGUCAGAGGGGAGACAAGGUGGUGGCAGUA